UACUAUCUUGAAUAAGAAUUUUGCAGUGAUUAAACCCCAUCAAUCGGCAUCAUUGUACCGCUUCCAUCCUCCGCGAACCACCGUGGCCAUCGCCUCUUUCUUACCGGCGUCAAACUCAAUGCCAUCUUCCGGUGCGGCGGUUGAUCCAUUUAUAAAGAGUUCAUCAUCGAUACCUAAUCCCGAUGUUGAAGAGGAUGAGGACGACGAAUACGAAGAAAUUGAGGUCGAAGAGGAGAUUGAAGUUGAAGAAGAAAUAGAGGUAGAAGAAGAAGAAGAGGUAGAGGAGGAGGAAGAUGUACAAGAAGAGGUAGAAGAAGAGGAGGAGGAGGAGGAGGAGGAGGAGGAGGAGGAGGAGGAGGAGGAGGAAGAAGAAGAAGAAGAAGAAGUACAAGGUGAAGGAUCAAUUUUACUGAAUGUCGAUGAUAAAAAAGAAGAGGUAGAAGAAGAUGAGGGGGAGGAGGAGGAAGAAGAAGAAAUACAAGGUGAAGAAGAAAAAGAAGAGGAGGAGAAAGCAGGAGAGGAAGAGGAAGUUCAAUAUGAAGAAGGGAAAGUUCAAGGAUCAAGUCUGCUCAAUGUAGAUCAUCAAAAAGAUGGUACCCAAGUUCUGGAGCCUUUGGCGCUUGAACAGCUCUUAAGAUCAGGCUUUUCCACUCAACAAGAACCUGUAGCAAAUUUACCACAGCAUACCCCUUUGAUUGAAGGUGCUAAUGACAGUUGCAGAAUUUCUGAUUCAGAUGGAACAAGAGAGAGGAUAGAUGGGAAAAGAACCCACAUAGAUUCUGAUGUUCAAGCUUCUGGAUUUGAGAAUGGUGAAACAAAUACAGAGGGAAUCCAGUCUUUCGGUCAAGAACUGGAUGCUGAAACAUUGACUGAUGUUUCUGGCAAGGUGGCUAUUGGUGUUCAGUUUACUGAAGGAGGUGAUCAAGAAGCUGUGGGCGAUUUAAAGCAAACAUCACCAAGGUUGGAUGUUCUCAAGACAGGGCAAAGAAGUUCGUCCCCUAAUGCUGAUUCUAGGGGCGGAAGCAAAAGAUUAGCAAUGAGAUGUGAGUUUUUUGCCAGGGGUUGGUGCAUCAAAGGGAACUCUUGUAGAUUUCUUCACAUAAAGGAUCAUGUGACUAGCCAUGAUAAGGAUGGUGUUCUAGAUGAGACAAUGAUAAAAAGCAAACUGGCAGAUGACAAAGGUUUGGAAGAGAGUGGAAAAAGAUCAGUGCUUGAUGGUUCUUCUGAUUCAGUACAAUCAGCUGUUCAAUCUGGAGAAAAUCUGAAAUUGAGAGGUGACGAGGAAUUGCAUAUGGGUAUGGAUGGACCUUCGUCCACCCCAGACGUCAGAAGAGAGAGGCUUGGAUGUAAACCGUACUUGGCUGGUUAUAGCACCUCUUCUUCACCAUUACUCAAAGAUGGCUCCUUACAUAAGAAUAUCCUCCCUGAUGGAAAGCUUAGCUCAGUCCUGUUGUCUGAGAGUUACCAAAAUACUGCAGUUUCCCCUUACACCUCAAGUUUGGACGAUAUGAAUCAUAAGAGGAACUGGUCUGUGUUUGAAAAUCAUGGUUUGCGAGUCUUUAAUGACUCUGUAGAUAGGUUGUCUCAUCAUUGUUCUUCUUCUCGGAACAUAGAUGCCCUUGAUGAUCAGAAGCUUUUGGAUUGUAGCCAAGAGUAUUCUUCUUCUAGAUCCACCUCUUUGCAACAUAAGUCUUCAGCAUUUCCUAGUUCCAAAACUGAACUUUCUCGGAUUGAUUUAUCACGGGACACACGAUACUCAUCUGAUUAUAGAACUAUGGCGCCUUUUGACGAUUGGGAGCCAUCUGUUCCUUUUCGACCAUCAUUCUUGCUUAGUCAAAUGAUCGGAUUUCCUGCAAGUCUAUAUGAUCCUAUUCGUGAUAGUAUUGAUCAAAGUAAUCUAGGAGAUGGGCCCUCAAAAUUGUCUACCUCUGGAAAAGGAGAGGCUGUAGUAACCAAACAUAUGCAGGCAAAUACUGAUCCAGUUUCAACAGGAACCUUGGGUCCAGAACAGAGCUCCAAUAAAGUUCCAAUUUCUGGUAAUAUCUACCAUAGGGAUAUGUUGCCUGACAACCUGUCUGAGAAAGAUUUGUCUACUAAUGAAACAGAUACAGCAGAUACAGCAGUUGCUCAUCAGGAAAACAAUACCUCUUCAAAAGAAGAGAAGUAUUCAAGAUCUGCUAACCCCAGAGGUGCCACAAAAGCAGAUAAUCAAUUAUCUACUGAACUACCGCGCAGCAGGACGAGAAAAAAGACACAUACAGAAUCUGAGAAGCUCAGACAUGUAACUGAAAUUGAUAGUGACUGGAAGACAGACAGAUCUGUGAACAAAGAGUCUAGAGUUUUGAAGCAUUUUCAUGCCGCUCUUGUGGAAUUUGUUAAAGAGCUAUUAAGGCCAAUUUGGAGUGAAGGCCUCAUGAGUAAGGAUGCUUACAAGAUGAUAGUCAAGAAGACAAUUGAUAAAGUUGUCAACUCUUUGCAUCCCAAUCAAAUUCCUGGUACGGCAGAAUCAAUCAGACAGUAUCUUGAUUUAUCUCGGCAAAAAAUUGCUAAGCUCAUUGAGGCGUACGUGGAAAAAUAUGGAAAAUCUUGAAUCUAUUAAAUCAAUUAUGCUAAGCAUAUUGCCAAAAAUAGUGAAUUGGUGAAUCACAAUUUUGUGACCCUUAUUUGAUACUUCUAAGGGGUAGAAUGAAGACUUGGAAACCAUUUAUUGUGUACGGAUUUUGUCUGUUUAGAUAGGAACUUUUCUGCUACCUUUAUGGGUUGAAAGAAUUUUUCUGUUGUGUUUACUGCUUUAUAGCACUUGUGUCCAUAACUGAAGUCAACUAUGGUAUUGUAACUUCUCAUUGGGGUUAGCAAUGGCCGUUCCUAAUUCCUAAAUAGGAUUUUGUGGUUCAGGUUGUUAGAGUAUUGAGUGUUGUUAGUUUAGAUGUUAAAAUUGUUUAAGGUUUUAAGCUAGAUGUUGUUCGCGUCGGACAAAUAUUAUAUUUGUAUGCGUUUGGCACCCACAAAUAGAUGUCAUUUAUUGAUCCAAUUAUCAAGUCAUCAA